UUACUGGUUAAAGGAAGUGACUGUAAGCAGCUCCUGACCCGGAAUUAGAUCCUGGUCCCGCCCCCUCCGCCAGGCUUCGUUCUGCAACAGGCGUGGGUCACGCUCUCGCUCGUUCGCUCUCUUUCUGCCGCCAUCUUGGUUCCGCGUUCCCCGCACAGAGCCAGACCGGGAUCCUCUCCCUCGGGUUGAGAACGCAGUGAUAAUUGCUUCUGUGUGGGAUUUGGAGUGUGGAAUAAAACGAAUCCCUGGGCACUGGGAAAUCCGCUGUCCGCGGAGUGAAGAGGAGCGAUAAAAAGAAAUGCCCGGUGAAGCCACAGACACCGUCCCUGCUACAGAGCAGGAGUUGCCACAGCCCCAGGCUGAGACAGCUGUGCCUCCUGUGUCUUCAUCCUUGAGUGUCACUGCUGCUUUAGGGCAGCCUAAACCUACGCCUACCCCUCCUUGUUCCCUGGCCUCCCAACAAUGCCCUCUGGCAACCCCUGACCAGCCUUCCCCAUUCCUUUCUCCCUCUACCAUUGCCUCAACCUCUUUUGAAGCUCCUUUUCUCCAGUCACCCCAUGGGACAGCCCUGCCUUUGGGAGCUGCCCCUCCCACUGACACCCCCAUUUUCUUACCAAACCUAAUAGGGCCUCCCAUCUCCCCAGCUGCCUUAGCUCUGGCCUCUCCCAUGAUAACUCCAGCUCUGAAAGGUGCUCAUUCCUCUUCAGCUCCCUUGGCUCUGGUGGCCUUGGCUCCCCACUCAGUUCAGAAGAGCUCUGACUAUCCCCCUAAUGCUCUUAGUUCCCCUCCAUCUGUUGCCGUAAUUGAGUCGGAGUCAGUGACAUCUCUGUCGGCUCCAGUUGCUCUCUCAGAACCAAAGCCCUCUCCUAGUCAAGUUCCCUCUCAAGUAAUUCCUAAUCCAAAGGGUACCCCCAACCCUCCAAGUAUAGUCAGUGCUGUCCCUUCCCAUCUUGUAACGCCUUUGGCCUCUAUUCAGUCUGAACUAGCCUCAUGUUCUCAGAUAACACCCGCCACUCCCCCAGCCAUCCCUUCCCCUCAAGUUAAAGGUGUCUCUGUUUCCUCAGCUCUGACUGCUCCACAAAACCCUGUAAGCCUCAGCCUAAAGGGACCGCUUAGUCCACCCACUGCUUCAUCUCUUUCAACUCAGUCUUUUGCUGUGGCUGCUGAGUCCCCUCCAGUUUUCCUCACGUCUCUGGACUCUCAUCUUACACCUUUACAUCAGAGUUCUCCUGUCCAAACUUCAAGUUCUAAUAUUCUGUCAGAUCCCAUAGAAGAUACUAUUUUUGUAGAUCAUUCUUCUACAGAUGCUUCUUACACUUCUCAGAGAUCUGUAAUUCCUCCCCUUCCUUCCAGAAAUGAGGUGGUUUCUACUGCUGUGACUGCUUUUCCAGGGGGGACUCCAGCUUCCUCUCUGGCUCUGUCUGCUGACAAAGGCAUCUCUGCUGUCACUGACCUAGCCUCCUCAAAUAUAGUUGCCUCUUCUCCAUUAUCUCCUACAGCCUCUCUCGUUCUCAAAGAUUUUCCUAGUACAGCAGCCCUGGCAGCACCUAAAGAUGCCCCCUCUCCCCAAAUUACAUCAUCUUCUCCAGAGAUAGCUCUUUCUCCUGAAGCCACCCUAGCAACAAAAAGCUACCCAGAGCCUCUCCCUGUAGUGAAGCCAGCCAGUACUACUCCCUCUUCUUUGAGUGUUAACUCCCCAAUCUCUGUAAUCAAGACAGAUUCUUACGCAAGCCCAGACCCAACUAAUCUGCUUCUCAAAAGUUCUUUCACUACCCCAACUGUAGCUGCAUGUCCUUUGGAAAGUGCUGCCAUUGAUGGAGUGGCUCCUACAACUGCCAAAGGUCCUUCCACUCUUACUACUUCACCGUUGAUGCCUCCAACCUCUGAAAGUUGCCCUAUGGCUCCAGUAGUGACUUUAUCUUCCCAGAAUGUUUCUGCUUCUCUAGCUCCUAUGGCACAGGUCCCUGAAAUUCCCAAGUCUGAGUCUUCUACCCCUCUGCCUCCAACUGGUGCUCCUCAGGGUGAAAAGAAAGUUCAUGGCAUUUCUCAAACCUCACCAUUGGCACCUGUGGCUUCCGCUCCUGAAGGGUACCCAACUGAGGACUCUGGUGCUUCUAUUACUGCAUCUUCCAAAGGAAUGUACCUAGCUGACUCCCCAUCUCCUCUAGGGACUACUGUGUCUCCUCAGCCUAAAAGAAUUCCAACCAAGAAGGGUUCAGCUACUGCUCCCUUAACUCUUGCCCCUUCUGCUGCUAAAAGUGUACCUGCUAUCCCUGAUACUCCUGCUGGAAAUCUUUCGUUCACUGUUUCUCCAGUUGAAGCUUCCUCUUUUCCAGAGGCCGAUCUUCCUUUUCAUGUUUCUAAAGGAUCACUAGCCGAGAAGCAUUCCCCUACUCCCCCAUCCCCCAGAGAGGCUCCUGUUGCCCCGCCUAUGGCUCCUUCCCCCAAGGAGGGGCCAGCAUCCCCAUCCCCUAAAGAGACCCUUACUCCUCUAGCUGUGACCCCUUCCACCUCCAAAGGAGCCCCAGCAACUCCUUCCCCCAAAGAGGCUCCCACUCCCCUAGCCAUGACUCCUCCUUCCCUCAAAGGGAGCUCAGCAACCACAUUACCUAAAGAGACUCCCCUUCCUGCUGUGACCCCUUCCUCCCCAAAAGGAGCCCCAGCAACUCCUUCCCAAAAGCAAACCUCAGCCACCCCACCUCCCAAAGAGGCUCCCACUUUCCCAGCUAUGGCUCCUCCCUCUUCCAAAAGAACCCCAGUUAACCCACCUCCAAAGGAGGACUCCACUCCCCUAGCUGUGACUCAUUCUUCCCCCAAAGAGAGCCCAGCAAUCCCACCUCCCAAAGAGACUUCCUCUCCCUCAGCUCUGACUCCUCCCUCCCUCAAAGGGACUCAGGCCCCCAAAAGAGCCUCAGCUACCCCAUCUCCCAAAAGAGAUUCUACUCCCCAAGCUGUGACUCCUCCCUCCCCCAAAAGGGGCCCAGCAACUCCAUCUCCCAAAAAAGCCCCGGCUAGCCCACCUCCAAAGGGAGACUCCGCUCCCCCACCUGUGACUCCUCCCUCCCCCGAAGGGAGCCCAGCAUCUCCAUCUCCCAAAAAAGCCCCGGCUAGCCCACCUCCAAAGGGAGACUCUGCUCCCCCACCUGUGACUCCUCCCUCCCCCAAAGGGAGCCCAGCAACUCCAUCUCCCAAAAAAGCCCCGGCUAGCCCACCUCCAAAGGGAGACUCCGCUCCCCCACCUGUGACUCCUCCCUCCCCCGAAGAGAGCCCAGCAACUCCAUCUCCCAAAAAAGCCCCGGCUAGCCCACCUCCAAAGGGAGACUCCGCUCCCCCACCUGUGACUCCUCCCUCCCCCAAAGGGAGCCCAGCAACUCCAUCUCCCAAAAAAGCCCCGGCUAGCCCACCUCCAAAGGGAGACUCCGCUCCCCCACCUGUGACUCCUCCCUCCCCCAAAGGGAGCCCAGCAACUCCAUCUCCCAAAAAAGCCCCGGCUAGCCCACCUCCAAAGGGAGACUCCGCUCCCCCACCUGUGACUCCUCCCUCCCCCAAAGGGAGCCCAGCAACUCCAUCUCCCAAAAAAGCCCCGGCUAGCCCACCUCCAAAGGGAGACUCCACUCCCCCACCUGUGACUCCUCCCUCCCCCGAAGGGAGCCGAGCAACUCCAUCUCCCAAAAAAGCCCCGGCUAGCCCACCUCCAAAGGGAGACUCCGCUCCCCCACCUAUGAUUCCUCCCUCCCCCAAAGGGAGCCCAGCAACUCCAUCUCCCAAAAAAGCCCCGGCUAGCCCACCUCCAAAAGGAGACUCCACUCCCCCACCUGUGACUCCUCCCUCCCCCGAAGGGAGCCCAGCAACUCCAUCUCCCAAAAAAGCCCCGGCUAGCCCACCUCCAAAGGGGGAUUUCACUCCCCCAGCUGUGACUCCUCCAUCUCCAAAAAAGGGCCCAGCAACUCCAUCACCCAAAGGAACCCCCACUCCCUCUGCUGUGACUUCUCCCCCCAAAAGGGGUCCGGCAACCCCACCUCUCACAGGAGACCCUGCUCCCCUAUCUGUGGCUCCUGUCUCCCCCAAAAGAGCCUCAGCAACUCUGGCUCCCAAAGAGUCUCCAGCAACUCCAGACCCCAAGGAGAUUGCCACUUUCGCAGCCAUGACUCCUUCCCCCAAAGAGGCCUCAGCAGCAGCAUCACUCAAAGAAACGCCCACUCCUUUAGCUGUGGCUCCUCCCUCCUCCAAAGGGACUCUGGCCGCCAAAAGAGCCUCAGCAACUCCAAACACCAAAGAAGUCCCUACUUCCCCAGCCGUGACUCCUUCCACCAAAAAAGCAACAGGAACCCCAGUCCCCAAAGGGGUGCCCACUCCCUCAGCUGUAAUUCCUCCCUCCCCAAAAAAGUCUCCAGUCCCCAAAGGGGCCCCAGCAACCUCAUCCUCCACAGAGGCUCCCGCUCCCCCAACUGUGAUUCCUCUCGCUCCCAAAGAGGCCCCUACUUCCCCAGUUUCAGUCACAUGUCCCUUGGGCUCCACUGCCCCUCAGGCAUCUAAAGGGCCCCCAAUAAAGAAAGGCCCCACAGCUUUCAAAGCAGUGCUUGAUGGUUCAGCUCCAGAAAGUGCACCAGUCAUCACAACUCCCACUCAGAAAGGUCCACCAGCCAAGAAGAGUUCUAUUUCACCACCUGUAUGCCCAGAUCCCUCAGCUCAGAAUGGUACUAAAGGACCCCUUCCUGCAGUGGCUCCAGCUCCUCUACCGACAGUCUCUACUCAGAAAGGUUCUUCUCCAAAGGCUCCAAAAGCCCUCCCUGUCUCUCCCUUAAAGGGUAAAGAUUCUUUCCAUUCCCCAAAGGGCCCCUUGCCGCCUCCUUCUGAGUCAGAGACAUCUACCCCUUCAGCAACAGCUGCCCCAGAGAAGAUCCUUCCUAAAGCUGGAUUAGUGUCUGUCUCUCCAGCACCUACCCCGUCAGUCUCUCUGCCUCUUGCUUCCUCCCCAGUUCCCCCUCUGCUUCCUAAACAGCAAUUUCUGCCGUCCUCACCUGGGCUGGUGCUGGAAUCACCCUGUAAGCCCUCAGCCCCUGCUGAUGAGGAUGAGCUGCCGCCUCUGAUUCCCCCGGAACCAAUCUCGGGGGGAGUGCCUUUCCAGCCGGUCCUCGUCAACAUGCCCACCCCCAAACCUGCUGGGAUCCCUGCCCCAACCCCCUCUGCCAAGCAGCCUGUUCUGAAGAACAAUAAGGGGUCUGGAACAGAAUCUGAUAGUGAUGAAUCAGUCCCAGAGCUUGAGGAACAGGAUUCUACACAGGCAACUACACAACAAGCUCAGCUGGCAGCAGCAGCUGAAAUCGAUGAAGAACCAGUCAGUAAAGCAAAACAGAGCCGGAGUGAAAAGAAGGCACGGAAGGCUAUGUCCAAACUGGGUCUUCGACAGGUUACAGGGGUUACUAGAGUCACUAUCCGGAAAUCUAAGAAUAUCCUUUUUGUCAUCACAAAACCAGAUGUGUACAAGAGCCCAGCUUCAGAUACCUACAUUGUUUUUGGGGAAGCCAAGAUUGAGGAUUUAUCUCAGCAAGCACAGUUAGCAGCUGCUGAGAAAUUCAAAGUUCAAGGUGAAGCUGUCUCAAACAUCCAAGAAAACACACAGACUCCAACUGUACAAGAGGAGAGUGAAGAGGAAGAGGUUGACGAAACAGGUGUGGAAGUUAAGGACAUAGAAUUGGUCAUGUCACAAGCAAAUGUGUCUAGAGCAAAGGCAGUCAGAGCCCUGAAGAACAACAGUAAUGAUAUUGUAAAUGCUAUUAUGGAAUUAACAAUGUAACCAUCUGAAAAGACGACCUUUUUUUGGUGUUUCAAAAGAGUAACUGCAGCUGGGUUUGAAAUUUGUACUGUUUCUAUCUAAUAAAGUUAUGGCUUCUUGUUGGAUGAA